AUGUCCAGAAACAGAAACUACAUUGCCAUUAAUAGAACCGGUAACAGAAAGCUACCCUGGCAUCAACAUUUCCAGGAACAGAAAGCUACCUUACCAUUAAUAUGUCCAGGAACAGAAAGCUACCUUCCCUUUAACAGGUCCAACUGGCUGGAACAUUGUCUUUCUAAUGACCAAAAAUCUGAUUGCAAUGACGUCACUGAUGACAUCGAUAGCAGUUUCCUUGGUAACGAAUCACCAGAAGAACGCAAAGGCACAUAUACAAGACUCAGAUCUGCGUCAAAGCCUCAUUCUACACCUCAGACUUUAAAGUGGUUGGAAGAGAACUACGAGAUAGCGGAGGGAGUGUGUAUUCCCAGGAGUACAUUGUAUGUACAUUACCUUGACUAUUGCGAGAAACACGACACCCAGCCAGUGAACGCUGCUAGUUUUGGCAAGAUCAUCAGACAACAGUUCCCGCAGUUGACAACCCGACGUCUAGGAACACGAGGACAGUCAAAGUACCAUUAUUAUGGCAUUGGUGUACGAGAAUCAUCUAAGUAUUAUGAAGUUGCAUUUUCAGCGAAAGGAGUUCAAAGUUCUGCUGAUGGAAAGAAGGACAACACAAAACAAAUCAUUGCAUACUCGCCACGGUCUAAGCUUGGAACUUUGCUCCCGGACUUCCCAGAUAUCAAAGACAUCAAGAUACCUCCAAACGUGGCGCAGGAAAAGGUUUUGACAUUCCUAAUGAUGUACAGGACCCACUGUCAAAGAAUUCUGGACACUGUUAUAAGAGCAAAUUUUGACGAGGUGCAAAGUUUCCUGCUUCACUUCUGGCAAGGGAUGCCAACUCACAUCAAAUCGAUCUUGGAGAGCAAGACCUUGGUUACACUGGUAGGAGUGUGUGACUCCAUCCUCUACAGAGCCAUUGCAAACGUGCUGAUGCCCACUGUAUUACAACCUUUACCAGAAAGUCUGACACAAGUUAUACGGAACUUUUCUGUUCAGCUUGAUGAUUGGUUGCGACAGGCGUUAGAUUCUCUGCCGGAAAGCUUACAACGAGUGAAAUUUGAUCUUGCCAGACGAUUCUCACAAGUAUUAAAGAGACAAACGUCACUGAACCACCUUUGUCAAGCUGCAAGGACUGUGAUUAACUCGGCGGAAAUUACGUCACAGAUGUUAGAUGAUUGGUUUAACGUUGACCUCAACAGUAUUAUCAAACAGACUCUGUAUACCACUGAGAGCAACAGCAACAUAGAUAAUAUCGUCAUUGUAAAACUUGCGCGGGAUUUUGAAAUAUUACUGGAAGAGCAAGCGCCACUGGAAUCCUACAUAGAAUGGCUUGACGGAAUGAUAGAACAAUGUGUUUCUAAGAAAUGCAAACAACAAGGCGAUGGUACUCCUCGGGUAGCCAGACAGUUCCUGUUGAUGUGGAGUUGUGUUGGAACACGAGUGAUACGGGACAUGACCCUGCAUAGUGCACCUAGCUUUGGUUCAUUUCACCUGUUACAUCUCAUGUUUGAUGAGUAUGUACUCUAUAUGGUUGAAAAUAUACACAACCAUGACAAGGCAAACGACUUACUGCGUGCAGUCAAAGGAGAAAUAGCAAUGGAUUUUUUAGAUGAACUUCUGCUAUCUGUACAAUACCCUUGCAAAAGCAGUAUUUUGACUGACUCGAUGGAUACACAAAGAACAACUGUUAUACGGGGACCUGAAUUACCAUUCCAGAAUGGCGAAAUCGAAGAAAGUUCCGGAUACUACUCUCAAAACGAAUCAGUAUGUUUUCAACAGCCAGUUAUGUGUACCAAUCAAAGAAUGAUUUGUUCCUCUGGACAGCCAUUGAACCAACCACCUCCAUUCGGAAAUGCUUUCCCAACGACAUGCCGUCAUAGAACGAAUUCUUUUUACGGCAUUUAUUCCUCACAAGUACCGGAUGUUGUUUCGUCAAAUAAUACCGCAGUAAACUCUUACGACUGCAAUGAUUGGUCAACAACAGGACAAAUAGGGUCAUCGGGAUUAACAAACAUGGCGAGCAGUAAGAAUUUUUCUGACAAAAAUAAUUUAUUGAAUCCGGGAAAUGCUAUGGAAAUACAAACUGUUCAACUACAGACGGAACGCCGACAAAACACGAGUCAUUAUUACGGAGGAUUUUGCGGAGAUCAGACAAGUUUUAAGAGAUGUUCAAACGGACACAAUACCUUUAGUAAGAAAUGUUCGGAAGAUAUUCCAAAUGACACUGUCAGACCGAACAUGUCUGACAUGUACUACCAUCACGUAACAAACCUUCUUUGACGUUAUUAAUACUACAAUAUACAGCUAUAUAAAAUGCAGUCAUUUAUAACUUUGAAUAGAAAUAAUUAUCGAAAUAUUUUUUGUUUUCAAGAAUCUUUCUUCUUUCUUAAUACUGUGUGUAUAUUAUUAUACGUACUUUAUUUUAAAAUGGAAAUGAUCUUUAUAUGUUGCUCCAAAUAAAAGGGCCAAUCGCCCGAUAACAUAGAUUUUUUUAAAAUAAAGUC